UCUGUGUCAGAAACAGUCAGUCGUUGGUCGGCAACCACAGAAGCAACAUGAGCAGCCAUCUAAACACGGGCACCCGCGCCAUGCCUUCACGUCAGGCGCUGCGGUACCAGUUUGACCUGAUCGACCGGGAUCACAACGGCAGCAUCAGCGGCCACGAGCUGACCGAGGUAAUGCGCCAGCUGGGCCACAACGUCACCGACGCCGAGAUCGUCGACAUCAUGGCCGCCGUCGAUCUCGACGGCGAUGGAAAUCUGACCUUUGACGAGUUCGUCACGGUCAUCUCGAAAACGAGCCGAGACGGAGAGCGGACGCGGGAGGAAGCCGAUAACGCGAUGAGAGAGGCGUUCAAGGUGUUCGAUAAGAACGGUCGCGGCUUUAUUGGGGUCUCUGACCUGAGGGCGGUGCUGCACUGUCUUGGCGAGCGGCUCACCGAUGAAGAAAUCGAGGACAUUAUCGAAGAAGUGGACAUGGACGGAGACGGCCGGAUUGAUUUUAUCGAGUUUGUGCGAGCUGUCACCGAUGACGGAGAGGGGGAGACAACAAUGUGAAGAUACUCAGAGAAACAUCUGACGCAAACAAGAGAGAUCCGGGCGGAGAA